AUGAUGACUGCAUCAAAAGUUAAAUGUCCCAAAUGUGUAAAAAAUGCUGCUGCAAUCACGUGUGAAGGCUGUUCAUCAAAACUGUGUAGAGGGUGUUACAAUGAUCACCGCCAACAAUUGUCAAAAGAACUCGAUCAGUUUGUUUACGAGCACGAUAUGCUCAAACAACAGCUGGAAACUCCAAAUGAAAAUGAACCUCACCAUUUGUUGAAACAGAUCGAUGAAUGGAAAAAAGACUCGAUCAAUAAAAUUAAUCAACUUGCUGAUCAGUGCCGGGCUGAUGUUAACCAACUACUGGAUAAAAAUAAGGAUCAACUGAUUAACAGGUUUCGCAAAGUAACGAAAGAGGCUCGUAAAGGUCAAGAAGAUGACGAUUACGACGAAAGAGAUCUCAACAUGUGGAUGACUCAGCUAAAAGAACUAAAAGAUGAACUAACCAAACAAUCGAACAUCUGUAUCGCAGUGGAUAAACAACAAUCUGCAUGGAUUAAAAAGAUCAAAGUACAAGAAGCUUCUCUCCAGCAAGCAAAUGCGGAAGAUACUUUAAUGUCAUUGACUCAAUUUUCUCCAAAAAUUCUUUUGGCAAUUAUAACGACCAUAUUCAGCGAUCUAUAUAAAAAAAUUAGCCGUUGGUUAAAUGAUAAAGAAAAUUAUCGUGAACAAAACGAAUAUGAUAAUCAAAUGAUAAAAAAGCUUUUUGCUCAACUAUUGGCAAUAUUUGUUAUCAAACAAUUUUGGCGUAAUUUCAAAGAAGCAUUGGUACCCUAUUUAGUUGCAAAUACGAGAUUAUCUUUUUUGAUUAAAGCGAGUAAAAAAGAACGUGAUCGAUAUGUCGAUAGAAAAGAAUUAAAUCAAGAAUUAAAACGAAUAUUAGAUGAAUGUCAUUGGAAAGAUGAUCAAACAAAAACACCAUCAUCAGAAAGACAAAAUAGUGAAAAUCAUGAUUAUACAACAGAAGCGAUUGAUGAAACAUUAACGGACCGUAGUUUUGAAGCAUUACAUCAAAAUCAAUCUGAAAUAUCAUUUGAAGCUUUAACACUCUCACAAGCUGAAAUUGAAUGUUCACAACCAAGAUUUCCCGAUUUAUACGAAGAUUACUUAGAAAUGAUAAUGCAGUUUGGUUAUAUUAUUUUCUUUUCAUCAAAAUUUCCAUUAGCGGCAUUUUUUUCACUAUUAAAUAAUAUAGUCGAGAUACGUACCGAUGCAUUUAAAAUGUGUAUGAUUUAUCAACGUCCAUUCACUCACCGUGUAAAAGACAUAGGAUUUUGGCAAAAUAUAUUAGAAUGGAUGAUUAUAGCAGCAACGAUUGUUAAUUGCACAUUAUGUUGUGUCAAAGGCAUAUUUCGAAGAAUUGUACCAUUGCCACUUGCUGCUGAAAUAUUUGUACUUGUACUCAUCGAACAUUUUAUUAUUUUAUUAUGUAAACUUAUGCAAUCAUGCGUCGAUAAAAUACCCUAUUGGGUGAGAGUGGAAAAAGCCAAAUUGGAAUAUAGACGACGUGAUGCAUUAUACAAGCUUGAAUAUGAUAAUAUUCAUGUUAACGAUGAAAGUCGCCGACGUUCUCGAAUGUCUGAAACACAAAACAAUUAA